AUGUUCGUUCCCGAUUCGCCUCGACUGCUUCUCAUGCAAAAUCGUUAUGAGGAGACUUUCAAAGCCUUCCAGUCCUGCAGAACCAAAUCUGUGGAUAAAACAGACCAAGAUGCGAUUCAAGAAGAGUACUACUUGCUUCAUUUGCAGGUGCCUGAGGAGAUGAAAGAUCCAGCACCACUGAUCGACUUCUUCAAGAGACCUACAUUACGAAAGAGGUGCUUCGUCGCCUUCCUGGUGAUGUGCGCGGCUCAAGGCACCGGAACACUCGCCAUUAAGAGUUCAUUCUCCCGUUUCUACUCCAGAAGCAACUGUUGA